GGCUUACUCAACGUUUUGGAAUGAAUCCCUCGGGAAAUAGGUAUAAAAGCGGCUAGAUGUGACCAUUUCCCAGAAACACAUCCAACGAGCACCGUGAGAUAGCGUAUCACCGAUCCACUAGCACAAUGAUUAAGAUAUUUGUCCUACUGUUCGCACUGGCGGUCAUCACCAGAGCGUUUCCAGCGGAUCAGCCACAACAGUUCGAGGGAGCCAACCAUCCAGUGAACGAUUUAAUAACAGAUUCAUCUCAAUCAGGAGCACCACAGGAAAAGGAUCAAUAUGAUUCAAGUGUAACCGAGAGUGAUGAGAAAAAGGAAGGAUUACAGAACGCAGAAACAUUCGGAUUUGGUUACUACCAUUCCUAUCCCCGUUAUUAUGGUUACUAUCCAAGAUAUUAUGGCUUCUAUCCACGUUAUUAUAGUUAUUAUUGGUGAAAAGUUGAAAGUUAUUCGAAUUGAUAAUUAGAUACAGAAGUGUGUUUUUUAAAUAAAUUUAGGAGCAAUCAGUAUUCAGGUUGUCGUGGAUGAUAAGAAUGACUAAUAUGUUGAAUGAAAUUUAAAACAAUAGAAAAUAUAGAUGAUUGUAUUGAAAUUUGAUAUAUUAUUCAUGUAUUUGUCGGAUGUUCACUUCUAACCUGUAAGUGAGGGCUAGAUUCUUAUGGCAUGCUUUGAACAUGCUCGAAUCUAAUUGAAAAUUUUUAUAGGGUAAAUGAUCUUGGUUUGUCCAGUCGAAAAU